AUGGCACCUGGACAUGGACAUGGACAUGAACAUGGCCAUCAUAAAAUGGAACUUCCGGAUUAUAAACAAUGGAAGAUAGAAGGAACACCAUUAGAAACCGUUCAGGAGAGGCUGGCUGCACGUGGACUAAGGGAUCCAUGGGGCCGCAAUGAAGCCUGGAGAUACAUGGGUGAAUUUGCACACAAUGUUUCCUUUGUUGGUGCAAUAUUCAAAGGAUUCAAAUGGGGGUUUGCUGCAUUUGUGGUAGCUGCAGGAGCUGAAUACUUACUGGAGUCCCAGAAUAAAGAUAAGAAGCAUCACUGA